GCGGAGAGAGUUAGGGCUUUAUUACCUCGUCGUCCUAAAACGAACACUGUCGUACCCAACGAGACUUGGAAAGUGCUUUUGUUUGACUAAAUAGUUGAGCCAAGCUCCAGACAGUUUUUAGUGGAUUUUUGUUGUGUUAUUUAAAUUGGCAGGAUGGGUCUGAGAGGGUGGAAUUGGUGGGUGCUGGUGUGCACCUCGCUGGCUGUCCUGCCCGCUCUCACGGAGGGAAAGACGGUGAAGUAUGAGACAUUUGAGGAGGACGACCCGACGACUGUCAUCGGAAACUUGGCCAAGGACAUUUCAAUCAGCCCCUCCUCGAGCUCCAAGACAAAUUUCAGGAUGAUGAAGCAGUUCAACUCGUCUUUUAUCCGUUUGAGGGAGAGCGACGGCCAGCUGACUAUUGGAGAGAGAAUUGACAGAGAGAGAAUUUGCAAACACACCCUUCACUGCCUCAUCGCAUUUGAUGUGGUCAGCUUCUCCAAAGAGCAGUUCAAACUCAUCCACGUCGAGGUGGAGGUCAAGGACAUCAACGACAAUUCCCCCGAGUUCCCCCGGAAAGAGUCGAGUCUGGAGAUCUCCGAAAACACAGCUGUGGGCACGCGGAUCCCGUUAGACUUCGCUGUGGAUGAGGACGUGGGUUUGAAUUACAUCCAGAGCUACCAGAUAUCCGUUAACAGUCACUUCACCAUAGAUGUGCUCAGCAGAGCCGACGGGGUUAAAUAUGCGGAGCUUGUGCUCAUGAAGGAGCUGGACCGUGAGACACAGGCUUCCUAUGCGCUCGAGCUGGUUGCUAUGGAUGGUGGCAACCCGUCCCGCACUGGAACGACUCGCAUCAACGUCAAGGUGAAAGACUACAAUGAUAACAGCCCGGUGUUCGACAGGAACAAUUUCUCAGUCGACCUCCCUGAGGACGCACCGGUAGGGUUUCUCUUACUGGACCUGAACGCAGAAGACCCGGAUGAGGGGCUGAAUGGGGAGGUGGUGUAUGGGUUCGGUAACCAGGUGCCAUCAGAGAUUCGACAACUUUUCAGAGUGGACCGCAAAACGGGACGCCUCACCCUUGAGAGCCCCAUUGACUUUGAAAGCAAAAAAACGUAUGAAUUCGAUGUCCAGGCGACUGACCUGGGUCCAAACCCAAGCCCGGCUAUCUGUAAGAUAGUGGUGCAGGUGCAGGACGUUAACGACAACGCGCCAGAGAUCUCCAUCACGCCUAUGACCUCCAUCACGGCGGGAAUCGCCUAUAUCACGGAGUCUGCGGCACGCGAGAGUUUUGUUGCUCUAGUCAGCACCUCGGACAGGGACUCUGGUGCUAACGGACAGGUGCACUGCACGCUCUACGGCCACGACCAUUUCAGGUUGCAGCAGGCGUACGAGGACAGCUUCAUGAUCGUGAGCACAAGCCCGUUGGACCGAGAACAAAUCCCUGAGUAUAAUCUAACAGUGGUGGCAGAGGACUUGGGUUCCUCACCAUUCCGGACCAUCACCCAGUACACCAUCCGGUUAAUGGACGAGAAUGACAAUGCCCCUGUGUUCAGUAAGCCGGUGUAUGAAGUGGCUGUGGUGGAGAAUAACGCACCGGGUGCUUACAUCACCACGGUGGUCGCCAGGGACAUGGACUUGGGCCAUAAUAGUAAGGUGAGCUACAAGCUCGCUGACGCCUAUGUCAUGGGCUCUCCGGUGUCUGCUUUUGUCUCACUGGACCCCGCGAGUGGCUCCCUUUAUGCACUCAGGAGCUUCAACUAUGAAGUCAUGAAACAGCUCGAGCUCCGCAUCACAGCCAGCGAUGGUGGGUCCCCGUCCCUCACCGGAACCACGACCGUUAACAUUAGGAUAGUGGACCAAAACGACAACGCACCUAUCAUCAACCAGCCUGUGCUCAAUAAUGGGUCCGCGGAGGUUCUGCUGCCCCGGGAUGCGCCCUCAGGCUACGUCAUCACCCGGGUGGAGGCGCAGGAUGCUGAUGAGGGCUUGAAUGCAGAGCUGUCCUACAGACUUGCCUUUGGAGAGGCAUCCGUGUUCUCCGUUAACAAAGCCACCGGAGAGGUCUACCUCAACCGCGUGCUCAGUCACGGCGUGGACGAGACCCUGCGCGUGACCGUCACGGUGAGUGACAACGGGAGACCUGCGCUCACCACCGCCGCCACGCUUCACUUCCUCAUCAUUGCGGGCGCCCCUCCGAGCGACAGGACCGUGUACCGGGCAGGCAGCAGGGAGGCAGGGGAGCACACACAGUGGGACCUGUCAGUGGUGAUUAUCAUCGUCCUCGCUGGGAGCUGCACGCUCCUGCUGUUAGCCAUCAUCCUCAUCGCCACCACCUGCAACCGGCGGAAACGGGACAAGACUGGAGAUGACACCGACUCGUACGGGGAGAAGGAGACUCUGGAGAGAGGCAAAAACAACGGCGACAACCCUCUGCUGCCGCUCCACGGAGUCGUGGGAGGGUUUGAAGCCCACACCUUUCCGAGCCAGCCUGGUUUUGCCGGAGAACACACUGGUAGCAGUGACCUGUGCUCCGCCUCAGAAGAUGGGAGCGAGGCCCCGUGCGUCUACGAACCGGACAGCAAACACAAGGGCUACUCCACUCUGCCCGGCUACGGAAACGGCUACAAUAACGGUAAAGAAGUGGUCAGACCAAUCACCAUCUGGAAGGGCAACUCCUACACCACCAUCUCCGCAAGAGACCCCGCAUUCAGCGGGAAGGACAGCGGGAAAGGCGACAGUGACUUUAACGACAGCGAUAGUGACAUCAGUGGCACCGACCUGAAGAAGGAGGGAGCACUGGUACCCCCCAUGGGUGGCCAGAGUGGUCUAUGGGCGUGUACCAGUGAGUGUAAGAUUCUGGGUCAUUCUGACCGCUGCUGGAGCCCUUCCACUGUCCACGCUAACACCGGUCCCUCGCCCGUCCCCACCCCUACCGGCCAGACUCUCUCCUCCUUCAACAGUCUCUCCAAGACGGCCUCGCUGCCCCGAGACUCGCUCCGGCGGGACAAUUAUUACCAGGCGCACAUCCCCAAAACAACCGGCCUGCAGAGUGUGUAUGAGAAGGUUCUGCAUAGAGAAUAUGACUAUGUCCUGGUCACUCCUCCCAUACCCAUGAGAGUUCAGGAGAUUAGUGAAAUCACUAUCCCAGUCUACGGUCCGACCACCACACGGUGUCCCAGCAAUGAAGUCUAAAGAGGAACCUAAAUAACAGCAUUCAAAAAUGUGUUUAAUUUCGUUUAUAAAACCAUGACAAUGAGAAUUACAUGUUGCUUACAAAUGUAGGAGAUUAUUUGUCAUGCAAAUUAGUUUGUAUAUCCUAAAGAAUAUUUGUGUAUUUUGAAUUUUUAAGUGUUUCAAUGUAAAAGUCACAUUUGGACUCUGUAUCCAAUCACUGUUAUGAUUUUGUUGGACAUAUACUGUGUAACUUAUGCAAGGAUUUGUACAUAAAGAGAGUUUAUUUUUUUAUAAAAAUCAUAAUUAAACACCGACGAUGUGUACAUAUGAAUUGUAAUUAUACUGAUUCUAAGGCAUGCCUACUAUUCAAAUGGCCCAGAAACCACGGUUUGAUGCCGGAGACCCAAUGUAUCAAGUUGAUAACUAUGUAUGAAUUUAUUUAAAUGCAAUGAUGUAAUAAUUGUUUCGAUUUUCUAUCACCAUAUUCGAAAGAAAAUAAACGUUGAAAUACCGUUUUGAAACCUUAA